UGCUCACUGUCGUAUGCUCGAGCUAUUGUGUGGUUUGCAGCCUCAAGCAUAAGUGCAUCGAGUGAACGCCAGUUGUCACAUUUGUGUUUAAAAGAUUGAACAAAUGGAGCUGAACGAGGAAGACCAUUUAUAUCUGUCAAAUAACAACUAUUCGGACUACGAGUAUUUCGACAAUGAAGACUGUUGCGCGGGUAUGGUAUGUGACUUUCAGGAAGACAUUAACUUCGAGGCAGUGUUCAUCCCAGUCGUCUACUCUCUGGCGCUCCUGGUCGGGCUCCUGGGGAACAGCCUGCUUCUCUGGGUUCUGGGUCGGAGGAGCAACACCUGGAGUGUGACCGACAACUUCAUCGUGCACCUGGGAGUAGCCGACAGCCUGCUGCUGGUGACCCUGCCCUUCUGGGCCACGCAGGCCACCCCUGUAGGGUGGGUGUUUGGGACCCCUUUCUGCAAGGUCGCUGGAGCUCUGUUCACGAUCAACUUCUACUGCGGGAUCUUCCUGUUGGCCUGCAUCAGCCUGGACCGCUACCUGUCCAUCGUCCACGCUACACACAUGUACUCCCGCAGGAAGCCCUGGAUGGUGCAGGCCAGCUGCCUGUCAGUAUGGCUCCUCUCCCUGCUCCUCUCCAUCCCUGACUGGGUCUUCCUGAAGGCCAUAAACGACACGCGCAUUGGGAGAAAAGUAGAGUGCAUUCAUGACUAUCCUCUCCGCUCUCAGUCGGACAUCGACUGGCGCCUGGUGUCUCGCCUGUUCUACCACAUCUUGGGCUUCGUCCUGCCCUCCGCCAUCUUGAUCUUCUGCUACUCCUGCAUCCUUCUGCGGCUUCGACAGGGCCCCCACGGCUUCCAGAAGCAGAGGGCUGUCUUAGUCAUCCUGGCGCUGGUGGUGGUCUUCUUUGUCUGCUGGACGCCCUACAAUGUCACCUUGAUGAUUGACACGCUGCACAUGAACCACACCAUGGAACACUCCUGCACUAGCAGAAAUUCCUUGAACAAGGCCAUCAUCGUCACGGCCUGCCUGGCCUACCUCCACUGCAGCCUGAACCCUGUGCUGUACGCCUUCAUGGGCGUCAAGUUCCGCCACCAGCUCCUAAAGAUGCUCAGGUCUCUGGGCUGCAGGGUGAAGACCAGGGCCUGGUUACAGUCCGCUGCCAGCUCCAGAAGGAGCUCCAGCUGGUCCGAGUCCGGCCACACCUCCAACUCCAUGGCUAUCUGAGCGAGUCUGAGACGAAGGUUCAGCAGAGAGCGCUGGUAACAUUUUGGGGACCGGAAGCGGUAAUUCAGAGUGGAGAACAACAGUAUUAUUUUAACCAAGCAUAAAGCUCCAAAGUGUCUUGCUUUCUUUGAUCAUAUUUUUGCUAUCCUAUUAUUGAGUAAUAAAAUGCCAUGUCUUAUUUUUAUAGGUAUAGACUGUUCGACAAACGUGUAUAUAUAAUUCUUCAUUUCAGACCCAGGAGGAUCCAACAUCAAAUGAGCAGAAGAUAAUAAUUACAGGUUGUGGAAUGGAGGUCCAAGGUUUUAAACUUUAUUUUCAGUUUUUGUUGGUCUGUGUUUUCAAUGAGGUGGUCAAUGAUUUUUAUCGUCAGAAAUCAUUGUCACAUUUUGUAUCAAUAUAGUCAAUUUGGUAAAUGUUAAUAAUAUAUGCUGAAAUAACAUACAACUAUUUGUUAUGCAUAAUGAACUGAAAAGUUGGCACACAUGCACUGUCAACAUAUAAAGGCAGUUUAACCAUCACAUAUUUGUCUAGUGUAAAAAUGUAAUGGAUACAGUAAAAUAAUAAAACAAGCCUUCAAGAAGCAGUCAUGUGUAUUUUAAUAAACAAAUGUGUUAAAUGUA